AGAACCGCCCCUGCUCUGCUCCAUCAUGGCUGUAACAGUUAGUGCCUUGCUAAACUCCACCACAGUGCUGGCCCUUCCCCCGUGGGCGUGCGUAAACCUCUCUAAAUAUAACUCCCCUCCAAAAAACAGACGGAGAGAGAAGGAGGGAAGGGAUUAUUCACCCAAUCACAGCACAUCUGACAACUUGUCAGAGACUGGAGAGUUUCUAGGACCUCAGACCGUGCUGGAGCCACUCUGCGGCCCCGGGUGGAGCUGCUGCUGGAGCUGGUGGCGCGCAGCGGGACGCGCAUUGUCUGUAUGCAAACAGGACGGCAUGGCUAUUGUACCGGCUGGGGUUUAUAUGGAGGCUGCGGAGGCUCCGAGGAUACAGCAGGUCUGAGCUCUCUGGACUGGACGCUCCUCUCUCCGGCUGCGGGUUUCUGUCUCCUCCGUGUCCGGAUCUUCUCUCUCCCCGCCCGGCUCCGCCGCUAUGAGUUGCCUGGAUGUGAUGUACCACCACCAGAGCUAUGGAGCGCACUACCUGCCGGCAGCCGCGUACAAGGCGACCUACUACAACCACCAGCAGCAGCAGCAACAGAGGAGGCUGAGUGUUUACAGUAAGAUGCAGGAGUGUAUGGAGCAGCAGGGAGGACGAGGAGGGAUGGUGUCCAGGGACCAGGGUCCCCCAGCACCAGCACCCGAACCUGGCCGUAGAUCCACAUCAGACCCAGAGCUGAAGGACGGUCCUCAGCCAGCCGAGGCGGAGUACCUGAGCUCCAGGUGUGUCCUGUUCACCUACUUCCAGGGCGACAUCGGGGACGUGGUGGACCAACAUUUCUCCAGAGCUCUGAGCCAGAGCAGCUCCUUCAGCAGCGACACCAAACCCCUCAGAGUCAGCCAGCCCUCGGCCUCGGCCUCCGCCGGGUUAUGGAAAGAUGGGGGGUCUCUCUCUGAGGGUCCCAGCAGCUCCGUGUGGACCAGCUCCUACCCGUCCCAGACCAGCCCCUGCCUCCCCUCCGUGUCCGUCUCGGUCCACCCAGACUUCUCCUCCAGCCCCGUGACCUUUAACCCCCCAGACGGGACCCUGUGGGCGGACCACGUGCUCUCCCAGACCGGCUUGCCGCCCCCCGACAGCUGGACCUACAGCCCCCUGAACCCCCAGAGCCCCAGCGGAUACCCCAACGUCCACUACCACCCCCACCCCCACAUCCACACCCGCCACCACCACCACCACCACCACCCCAUGCUGCACCCGUACCCGGCCCCCAGCCCGGCUCUGGACCCCAGGUUCAACCCUCUGCUGCUGUCGGGGGUCCGGAACCAGAACCAGCAGACCACCAGCGCUGGGAGCUCCCCGCUCAGCGAGGGGGUGAAGACGGAGAUGGAGCCCAGCAGCAGCAGCCCCGUCUCAGCUACCUCCGUCACCUGGACCCCCUCAGCCCUCCACGGCUCCCUGGAGGUCUACGACUCAGCUCUCGAUCAGACCAAAGCAAAGACGUCAGUUUGGUUCUAACUGACGAUCAGAAGGAUUAUUAUUCUCUUUUCACACCAAAAAGGACUACUGACUCUGUGGCUCUAUGGAUGUUUGGCUGCAGCAGCAGCAGCAGCACUGUACCUGUAGAUAUACGGAGUCCUGCACUGUCCAGACACCACUUGUAACGGAGAUGAACUCAGGCUUUAAAUGACUUCAGUGAUCUCCUGCUUUACUGGCUGCAGGUCGACUCUACUAGCUUUAAGAACGGGAGGGAGGACUCUUCUUCUUCUUCUUCUUCUUCUCGUUUCUCUUUCAUGCAAUGUGAGACCAAGUGGUUCUGUUUCAAGAGCUUCAUUUUGAUCCACAUUUCUCCUGUACAGUAAAUGCUUGUUGUAAAUGUUUUGUGUGUACAGUUUUGCCCAAGUUGUUGUUUUGCUGGAUGCUAAAAAUCUUGCCUGAAUGCUACUUUUUUGCUAUUUUGUUGGUUUAUUUGCCUGAAGGGAUUGUGUAGUGUAAA